CAUUUAAAAUUCCAACUUACCGUUACAAACCACUUGUUUACUCUCGUGAGCAGUUGAAGCGAGGAGCCUCUCAUUCAAACACAUUUAUGUCCCUAUACAUAUAUAUCACUCAUCACUCCCCCUGCUGAAAGAGACGGACUAGGCUGCUACCAUGGGCGACAAAGCAGAGGAUUAUCUCGACCUGCCUAAACUAACUCUAUCCAAACUCCCGCACUGCAAGCCCUCGCCGCAGCACAUGCAGACGCCGCCGCUCCGCCCCCUCGUUUCCAUCCCGUUCCACUGGGAGGAGGCGCCGGGAAGGCCUCGGGGCCGAGAUGCAACGCCGCCGUCGUCGAAGAGGUGUCUGGAGCUGCCGCCGAGGCUGCUGCAGGAGGAGGGUAAAGUGACCAUGACGCCCUCGCCCACAACCGUGCUGGAUGGGCCCUACGUGGGCCGGUCGCUGUGCACGUUUUCGUUCAGGAAAGGGCCGGUUUUGGGCCGGGAGGAUGGGAAGAGGAAUUGGGGGAGCUUUAGGGAGGAGAGACGGUGUGGGGAGGGUAGUAUGGACUUUUCGCAGUCGCUUGGGGAUAUCUUUAGGAGUGAGGAUGAUGAUGGUAGUGUGAAGAUCACAAGAGUUAGGAGGAGGAAGAGUUUCUUUAGGUUGUCUACAUUUAACUCCAAUUCCAAGUAUUUGUGGUGUUUUGUGACUCUAAAUUUGCAGGGUGAUAUUUAUGCCAGUUUUAAGCAGGUGGUGCCGUGGAGGCGUAGCAGCCAGUGAGAAAGGAGAUGACAUUGAUGAUGAAGAAGAUUCAAGCAAGAAGAUGUUGACUUUUCCAUUCUCCCACGGUUUUAUACAUAUAACUUUUUUAAUUCCAUGUAAUUAAUGUCUUUUUUUAUCAUCUGCUAAUACUAGUAGUAUGUUUUAAGAGGGAAACAUGAAAUCAUAUUUUAGUAAUGAGAAGCUGCUGCAUCUUUUUAUUA